AUGAGUUACCCAAAGUCUCAAGGCGCUGUCAGCGCGGCUCCUGUUUCUGGUUUCGGGCAAGGGUAUGCCCAGUGUCCUCCGCAGCAGUCGUACCAGAAGCAGCAACAGCAGCACCAGUAUUCCCGCUACCAGCAACAACAGAGAUUCGACCACCAGCAGCACGUCUACUACCAGCAGCAAUGCCACGGAGGUGCCGUUAAUGCUUCGGUGAAACAAGUGACCCCCCCGCCUGCAGCUUCCUGCACCACCACAAUGCAACAGCCGCAGCGCUGUGCCCAGCCACCCGCGCCACAACAUGCACAAAGACACCAAAAUCAUGACCCUCAGCGGAAGGCUCAACACGCGGUUAAACCAACUACCCGAAUGCCGCAUCCCCUGACGGACUGGCAGUUGCCAGAGCGUUAUGAACUCCAUCAUCUCAUCGGCACGGGCUCUUACGGGCACGUUUGCGAGGUGUACGACAACCAGGAACAACGAAUUGUGGCGAUCAAAAAGAUUCAUCGAGUAUUUGAAGACUUAAUAGACUGCAAGCGUAUUCUCAGGGAAAUCGCCAUCCUGAACCGCCUGAACCAUAACCAUAUCGUGAAGAUCCUUGAUAUCUUGGUCCCAACCGACCUCGAGAAAUUCGACGAAAUGUACGUCGUCUUGGAGAUAGCGGACUCGGACUUCAAAAAGCUCUUCCGCGCUCCUGUGUAUUUGACGGAGUUGCACAUUAAGACGCUUUUGUACAAUCUUCUUGUUGGGGUCAAGUAUGUACAUUCCGCAGGCAUUCUUCAUCGAGACCUGAAACCGGCGAAUUGCUUGGUCAACCAAGAUUGCAGCGUGAAAGUCUGCGAUUUUGGCCUUGCUCGAACAAUGGACUUCCCAGAGGGGCACAGCAGCCACAACCCCAUCACUCAACAGGAUGACGAUAUCGUGAACGUCCCCCACACCAAGAACCUGAAAAGACAGCUCACGGGUCAUGUUGUCACCAGGUGGUAUCGCGCACCGGAGCUUAUCUUGCUCGCAGAGAAUUACACAGAGGCCAUUGACGUGUGGUCGAUAGGCUGCAUUUUCUCAGAGCUACUCUCCAUGAUUGAGGAGAACGUUGAAUCGCAUUGCGACAGGGGUCCCCUGUUUCCAGGCUCUUCUUGUUUCCCCCUCUCCCCGGACCAGAAGAAUGGCGACGAUUCCAAGUUGCAGACGCGGGGAAACAAGGAUCAGCUGAAUGUUAUCUUCAAUGUGCUGGGCACACCCAGCGAGGAGGAGAUCGAAGCUCUGGAAUCUCAAGAGGCGAAGCAAUACAUUCGAACUUUUGCCCCAAAGGAGGCGCAUGAUCUUGCUGAGCGGUUCUCGGCUUCUUCCCCGGAGGCUUUAAACCUUCUAAAGCGAAUGUUGGUCUUCAACCCCAAGCGGCGCAUCUCCGUUGAUGAGUGCCUCGCGCAUCCAUUUUUCAAAGAAGUUCGCAACCCGGCGAUAGAGGUAACGGCGAGUGAGAAGGUGCGGUUACCAUUCAAUGACUGGGCCAAUAUGGACGAACCGCAGCUCCGCCUAGGCUUCUUGCGGGAGAUGCAGCGGUUCCAUCCCACGCUGCAACUGCCCAAGACUUUGCUAGAACGUGCGAAGAUGUGUUCAUGA